CGCCCCCAUCCUGCCCUCACCCAAGAUGGCGCUGGCCAGCCUGCUGCCCCCGGAGCUGCCCGUCAACCGGCCCGGCUUCUUCGGGCUGGCGGGACGCUGCGAGCUCCAGGCCCCCGGACUCCGCCCGGCCCCGGGCCCGCCCGCCUUGGCCCCGCCCGCCUGGGGGCUCCCGGCCGCGGGGGACGCCGGGAUCGAGCUGCUGCACGGGACCACCACGCUGGCCUUCAAGUUCCAGGGGGGCGUGGUGGUGGCUGCGGACUCCCGGGCCACGGCCGGCUCCUACGUGGCCUCGCAGACGGUGCAGAAGGUGAUUGAGAUCAACCCCUACCUGCUGGGCACCAUGGCGGGCGGCGCCGCCGACUGCAGCUUCUGGGAGCGGCUGCUGGCCCGGCAGUGCCGCAUCUACCAGCUGCGCAACAAGGAGCGGAUCUCGGUGGCCGCCGCCUCCAAGCUGCUGGCCAACAUGGUGUAUCAGUACAAGGGGCUGGGCCUGCACAUGGGCACCAUGAUCUGCGGCUGGGACAAGCGGGGCCCAGGCCUGUACUACGUGGACAGCGAGGGGAACCGCCUCUCGGGCACGGCGUUCUCCGUGGGCUCGGGCUCGGUGUACGCCUACGGGGUGCUGGACCGUGGCUACGCGCCCGCCAUGCCGGCCGAGGAGGCCUACGACCUGGCCCGCCGCGCCAUCUACCAGGCCACCUACCGCGAUGCCUACUCCGGGGGCCAGGUCAACCUGUACCACGUGCAGCGGGACGGCUGGGUCCGCGUCUCCACCGACGACGUGGCGCAGCUGCACGCCCAGUACCGCGGGGACCCGCAGGGGGACGGGGCUGCCUGAGCGGGGGCUUCCCCGUGGGUUACAAAGGAAGGGGCGUGGCUGGGCUGACUGCCCGUGGCAGGGGGCGUGGCCCCCGCUGGUUCCCUAUAAAGCUUGGUUCUGCCCCACA